UUUUGUCCCGCCGUCGCUCGACAAGCCCGUGCUAUCGAGACAUUCAGUAUGAAGUUGUUCCUACUUCUUACAUACGUUGCUGCAGCAUUCGCUGUUCCUACCACUCCGAUUGUUGAGCACGAAGGUUCAUGCCCUCAAUUACCUAUUGCAAUUUGCAUUGGUGAUACCUGUGAAACUGAUGAUAGGUGUGGUCAGAAGGAAAAAUGCUGCCCGACUAGCUGUGGCAGUAAGGUCUGCAUUGCCGCUAUACCGCCUGAAGAUGUCCAAUCGAUAACCGAUAAUACUCCAGAAGGAGAUAUCAACAAUGCCAAACACGUAGCGCAUGAGCACGAAGGCACAUGCCCUCCAAUACCUAUUGCAAUUUGCAUUGGUGAUACCUGUGAAACUGAUGAUAGGUGUGGUCAGAUGGAAAAAUGCUGCCCGACUAGCUGUGGCAGUAGGGUCUGCAUUGUUGCUCUACCGCCUGAACAUGUCCAAUCGAUAACCGAUAGUACUCCAGAAAGAGAUAUCAACAAUGCCAAACACGUGGCGCAUGACCAACCUAGGCCCGGCAAAUGUCCACUCCCCGAUGACAUCACAGGGGAUUGCUCGGAAUCCAACUGCCAGUCGGACUCCACGUGCGGCACUAAUGAGAAAUGCUGCAUGACAAGAUGUAACAACAAAAUGUGUGUUGCUGCUGUCACAAGACCAGAAGAUCAAUCUAGGCCCGGUAAAUGUCCACUCCCCGAUGACAUCACAGAGGAUUGCUCGGAAUCCAACUGCGAAUCCGACUCCACCUGCGGCACUAAUGAGAGAUGCUGCAUGACAAGAUGUAACAACAAAAUGUGUGUCCCUGUCGUAACAAGACCUUCAAUUGACUUUAUACAACAAGAGCAACUUAGGCAUACUGGUGAUUGUCCACUUCCCACAGAAAUAACAGUGGAUUGCUCCGCAUCGGGGUCCGCAUCCAUUUGCCAGGCGGACUCCAUGUGCGCCCCCAAAGAGAAAUGCUGCCUGACAACUUGUAAAAAAGACAUGUGUGUUCCUGCUGUCCCAAGACAAUCAGUUAACCUUGUCAGAAGACCUGCAGAUCAACCUAGGCCCGGUAAAUGUCCACUCCCUGAUGACAUCACAGGGGAUUGCUCGGAAUCUAACUGCCAGUCGGACUCCACGUGCGGCACUAAUGAGAAAUGCUGCAUGACAAGAUGUAACAACAAAAUGUGUGUUGCUGCUGUCACAAGACCAGAAGAUCAACCUAGGCCCGGUAAAUGUCCACUCCCUGAUGACAUCACAGGGGAUUGCUCGGAAUCCAACUGCCAGUCGGACAGCGUUUGCGGCACUAAUGAGAAAUGCUGCAUGACAAGAUGUAACAACAAAAUGUGUGUUGCUGCUGUCACAAGACCAGAAGAUCAACCUAGGCCCGGUAAAUGUCCACUCCCUGAUGACAUCACAGGGGAUUGCUCGGAAUCCAACUGCCAGUCGGACAGCGUUUGCGGCACUAAUGAGAAAUGCUGCAUGACAAGAUGUAACAACAAAAUGUGUGUUGCUGCUGUCACAAGACAGCCAGUUAACUUUGUCAGAAGACCUGCAGAUCAACCUAGGCCCGGUAAAUGUCCACUCCCCGAUGACAUCACAGGGGAUUGCUCAGAAUCCAACUGCCAGUCGGACUCCACGUGCGGCACUAAUGAGAAAUGCUGCAUGACAAGAUGUAACAACAGAAUGUGUGUUGCUGCUGUCACAAGACCAGAAGAUCAACCUAGGCCUGGUAAAUGUCCACUCCCUGAUGACAUCACAGGGGAUUGCUCGGAAUCCAACUGCCAGUCGGACUCCACGUGCGGCACUAAUGAGAAAUGCUGCAUGACAAGAUGUAACAACAAAAUGUGUGUUGCUGCUGUCACAAGACCAGAAGGCAUCCUAAAGGAAGAUAGACGUUUGAAGAGACAACCCUUCCCUGAUCCACGACCAGAGCAAAUCAUUGAAGAAUCUGAAGACAGAAUUCGAUGGUGUGUACCAAGUGUCUGUGAGCUCAAGAAAUGUCAGCGUAUGGUCAAUGAAUUCACUUACAACCUGACCCCACGCAAAGACUGGAGAUGUAUCCAGGCUGAGUCCAAGGAACAGUGUUUGUACUGGGUAUCCAGAAGACUUGCCGAUGUUGCUGUUACUCGGGUUGAUGAUGUAUACACCGCUGUCAAGAAAUACAAGCUAAAACCAAUUGUCUAUGAGGCUCCAGUCGUCAAGGGAUCCGAAUCACAGGCUCUGAAUAUCUGGGAGAGCAUCACCUUGGCCAUCACCCGCAGGGACAACACGGAAAUCAACAGAUGGUCUGAUAUUCAAGGAAAACCAUCCUGUCAUGCUGGAAUCCAACAAACUUUCAGUUUCAAGGCACCAGUCUGCAGUCUUAUCAGCAAGGAGAUCAUUCCAAAAAGGGGAGAUUACAUCGAAAGCGCCAGCCACUUCUUCUCUGAAAGCUGCGUCCCUGGUAUUCUUGAUAGAAAAUACAACAUUAAAGGCACCUACCCUUUGAACCUCUGUGAAGCUUGUGCCAAAAACAGCGGCAGGUGCAGCAUGACUGAGGAUAGAUACGCAGGCAUUGAAGGCUCUCUUACAUGCCUUAGUGAAUCCAAAGGACAAGUUGCUUUCGUCGACCGCACAUUCUUAGAAAAGAUCAUCGCUGAUGGUCGUGCAAGUAACUAUAAGGUAAUAUGUGAAGAUCAAUCGACUGAUCUGGACCAGCAAUCUACCACCUGGAAAACCAACAAAGCUUGUCAACUUGCUGUCACACCACGACCAACGGUGGUCGUGAACAGCCAGAAAUCUACUACCUACAUAUCCAACGUCAUUGACCUGAUGACCAAGGCUGCCAAAAUCUACGGAAAGAAAUCAGUAAGCAGCUUCAAACUCUUUGAAUCUGUCAGCUACAAGUGCCUUGUCAAGGAUAAGGAAGGUGUUUAUGAAAAUGACAUCAUCUUUAGAGACACCAAGGGUGACGAGACUCGUGAAAUUGUUACAAUCACCGAUGAUAAACCAUUUGCCGAUGAAUUCUUCCGAGAGUUCUCUAGCUGUAUGAAUCUGGAUCCUAAACCAAGUGCAAAAUGGUGUGUUGUCACCCAGGCCGCCCUCGACAAGUGCAUAGAGAUGAAGACGAACUUCGACAAAACUGACAAGGUUAAUGAUAUUGCUUGGGGAUGUGAAAAGCUGCCAUCAACCAUGGAAUGUAUGAAAGCAGUGUUGAACGGCACGGCCGACCUGUACUCCACAGAUCCAACGGAGACCUUCAUUGCAGGACACGAGUUCAAACAUCAACCAAUCCUCAGCCAAUAUUUUGAUACGUUGACCACACCUCUUUACACUGACACCACCAACAAAUCGUUCGACGAAACCACCUACACCUACACCAUCGGUAUCAUGAAGAAGGAUCGAUUCUAUGACUUGUAUGGCAGCGAUGCCCGCCACGUUAAAAGUCUCCGCAACUUAAAUACUUGCCAUGCUGGCAUGAAGAAGUUGUCCUCUUUCCACCAUCCCAUUGGCUGGCUUUUGGCUAACGGAACCAUCCCACGUAUUGGCUCAAUCUUCGAGUCUGUCAAUAGAUACUUUGAUUUGUCGUGUCUUCCAGGAUCCGAUCCUAGCAUCUGGAGACUAGAUACCGAUCUACUUAUGGGUCACGAACUCAACUGGGGAUUUAACAGCCUUUACUUUUACAACUUCACUGGCUUCCAGUGGUUUAUCUGGAACUCACCAGCUACAUGGAACUACUACAACUGGGACAGGCAGACACCAUGCACACUUCAGUCGCUCCUUCUGGAUAACAUAGAAAAACAAAGUGGACUUUCUGGCAUCGGUAAGACUCAUAUUCAUCAAGAUGACCUUGACUGGCAAAUGCUCAAAGACAUCGUCGGCCUCCCAGAUGAUAUCACACAUGUUCAAGGAUUGGACGAUCAGAUCACCAACAGUGGACCUCCAGGAGCUCCACGAAAGAAUUCCAGAGUUAACGACAUCCAGAAACACAAUGAAAAUGGAGUGAAAAUUGGCCGUUUGAGAAGCAAUAUUUUGUCAUACGCCCUUCAAAUGCGUUACGAGAGAAUGGAACAACUGGGAGAAGUCAUGAAGUUCCUUCACAAUGUCCCAACCGUCCCAGACAUCCGUAACAGGAAUUCUGAUUGGAUGAAUCACCCAUCUGUCCAGAGUUACCUUGAGAUUUACUAUCCAAAUAUGAUCGGUUAUUACAGCGGCUUGUUUGAAGAUGCAGAGAUCCGUAAGCGUGAAUUUAACCGAUACACCAACCCAAUCUGGCUGUCUACUAAGUACUCAAACUACGUCGAUGUCAUGAAGACUCAUCAGAGAGAAAUGUGCCAUAGCUGCAUUGGAUACGGACCCAAGAAAUGCGUAGAAGACACUACUGCCGAGCCAUACUUUGACUACAUAGGCUCGCUCGCAUGUCUGGAAGAAAAAGCUGGUGACAUCGCUUUCUUUGAGGCCCACAAAUUCCAAGAACUCUUGAACGCUGAUGGUCAGAAACGCCCAGAAGAGUACGUCUUGGUUUGCCCAACAGGCGAAGUCGUCCUCUACCAAAAUGAAGUUAGCAUCAUCGAAAAAUGCAACUUCGGUCGCGUCCCAUACCCUGCUAUCGUUACUUCACAUAUAAAAACUGGUAGCUGGAGAUGGAACGUCACCAAAGCUCUCUUAAGUGCGCAGGAGAUAUUCAACGUCCAAUUGAGGAGAAGCGAUCCCGCUCAAUUCAGUAUGUUUGGAGAGAAUAGCGUGUUCGAUCGUUCCACCACUGAAUUGAGACCGAUAAACCUCCUGCACCAGACACACCAGACCUUCCUCGGACCAAUGCUCCUCCAUUCAAUGGAAGCCAUCAUCAAGCCAUCAAAUUUUGACUGGUGGAAAGAAGACAGCAAGAAGUGUUAUGGAGAGACUUACACCAAUAUCCUUACUGAAAAAGAUGGUACUUGCAACGCUAUAGUGAAGAACGUUACUUGUGUUGGCAGUCCACCCACUAAGACUGUCUCUGUAGGACGUUAUGGCAAGAAAACAGAAGUCACUGUAGAAAUGUGCAGCCGUCCAACCAAACACAUCCGCAAAGUAGCCGAGUUCACAUGUGAGAAUGGAGAUGGUUACAUGAAACCAGUUACCGUCGCGGUCAGCUGCGAAUGUGUGCCAUGUAAUGAGCUGACAUACUCGCCGACGUGGAACAAAGACCACUUCUGGAAGACCGACGCGAAGUUGUACCACAGAAACAAGGUGUCAAACAAGGAAUCUGACUACGAUCUUUGGGGUAACAAACUUCAAGGCAAGGCUACACUCUAAAAGGACAUUCGACUUUAAAUUUUAAAUUAUCGCUUCUAUCGCGCUUCACCUAAUGUAUUGCACUAUUGAAAUAUAGAGCUUAAUUAUUGCUUUUGCUGGUACAAUAUUAUGUUGUAUACUGUUUUAUUAUGUAAAAAGGUAAGUCAAAGGUCCAGUCAGGUAAAUUAACUAAAACUCACUGAUGAUUCAACACUGUUAGUCUUAAGAGACUUAAAAAAAAAAACUAUACAGCCCAUUGUGACUGACUCAGUUCCACUUAUUUUUAAUUUGCUAAUUAAUUAUUAAUUGUGUGCAGUGUUAUAAUUCAUUUCUAUUUUAUUUGUACGAAUUUUUUUUGGAUUUUGUUUGAUUGCGCAAGUUAUUUUGUAUUGCAUGGUGAUUUGUUACUUCGGUACACGAAAAAAGACAAAUAAACAGUACUUUUUUUGCACAAUGUA